AUUCUUACAAUUAAUCUCUAGUCUAUGUAUAGUUUUCUUUUUUUGUUGUUGCUUUUUCGACAAUUUCUAAACAGCACAGAGUCACAGCUAAAAAUCAUUUUGUGCAACUUACACAUUUGGUCGGGUCAGUUAAAUAUCUAUAUAGGAUAUAUAUAUAUAUAUAUAUAUUGUACGGAGUUUACAGAGAGCAGAGACCAUGGGCAAUAUACAACAACAACAACAGCAGCUGGGAGCGCAGAAUUCGUCGUCGUCGUCGUCGUCGUCGUCGCCGGAGCGUUUGGGUAAGCACAAGUUUUAUAGAUUUCUGGGCAUACGCUUGGCCAACGAGGGCGACGGCUAUGAGGAUGAGAAGCGAGCUCUAAACUGGAAGCUGGAUCGACUCAAUGAGCAGCUGCGCAAGGAAGAGUAUCCCAAGUCGGUGACGCUGGCAGCGCUGCCCAGCGCUGAGCUGGCGGAGCACAAAACGCAGGCGCCAGCGAAGACAUCAAAGCUACGUCAACCUGGCACCGUGGCCGAGUUGCAUCGUUGCUGCCACGACAUGUUGCCGCAGUGCUUCGAGGGCUUUCGCCUGAAUGUGUCGCGUGCACUGGGGCACAGCUCGGUGGCAGUUGGCCAUAUGUUGCAAGUGGGCCAUAAGCCGCAACUUGCCGCCUGCCAGUUCAAUGUGAGCUACAGCGGCGACUCACUGCAGCCGUCGAGCGGCGAGAGCUAUCCGCUGCUGCUGGGCGAACUGGAUGCACGUGGCAAUGCCACAGCCACUGUGAUGCACUAUCUGACGCAGCGGCUGCGUGGCAAGUUCACGGCGCAUAUUGCGGACUCGGCGUUGCAAAGCUCGCGUUUGUUUUUCGACUAUUUCGGCGACACUUUCAGUUGCACCUGCGUGCUCAGCAACAUUGACGUGCAACAGCGCAUGGGCGUCUUUGUGGCAAGCUACUUGCAACAGCUGACGCCACGCCUGGCGCUCGGCCUGGAUUUUAUCUAUCAGCGUGAGGACAUCGUGCCAGGCGGCCAAGCAGCGCUGCUCUCCGCCGUUGGACGCUACCAGGAAGGCAACAAGCAAUGGUCCGCCAUGUUCAGUUUGAACGCCCUCGAGCUUUGCUAUAGCCAAAUAUAUGGCGAGAAUUUGGGCGCCAGCGUUCAACUGCAGGUGAACAUCUUGAAGCGUCAGGCCAUCUCACGUUUGUGCUAUCAUUGCUACAUGUCCAGGCUCUGCUUCAGCUUUCGCGGCGGCAUCGAUACGCGCGGCGUCAUCAGCGCCGUCUGCGAGAAGCGCCUCGAGCCGCUGCCCGUUGUCCUCGAGCUUAGCGCCAAGAUGAAUCAUGUGACCAACCGCUUUCGCUUUGGCCUGGGGCUAGUCAUGGGUUAACCACAACCUAAACAACAAUUCUCUCUCUCUCUCUCUCUCUCUCUGUCUCUAACUUCAAUAUAAUAAAACUGCAAGUCUUGUUUGUUAUGUAAGAAAAUCUAA